AUGACCCACAACAUACUCCCCAUUACGGCAGACGUGUUCAACUGGGCGAUUCCGCCCGCUGGCCAGUCGGACUGGGACGUACGUUGCAUUACGAGCAAUAUGACGAUUCGUGGCGUGAGCAUGGAAUCUGUAUCACAGCCGGCGAAACUAGUGUGGGUCAUGGUCUCCGGAGACCAGGCCGGUCUAUAUCGGCAGGUAGAUCGGAAAUGUCUGGCUGAGUCAGAUCUAAACGAUAUUCGUACGUCAAUCCCUCAACAAGCCUACAUUGACGCGGAAGGGGAAUCGUCAUCUGGCCACAAAGUGGCAGUAUAG